AUGAAGUCCCAUGGCAUUCUCCUCGUGCGCGACCCUCGCGUCUCCGAGCAGGAGAACAGCAACUACCUGGACAUGCUUGAGCGUUAUUUCGACCAGCCUGCCGAGGCCAAGAUGGCUGAUGUUCGUGCUGAUGUUGGCUACCAGGUUGGCGCCACCCCCGAGCGUGUGGAGGUCCCCCGCUGUGCGGCCGAUCCCAACUGCGAGGAGGUGAUCAGCAACUUCGGCGAGGAGCACAAGCCCACCCUCCCCCUCGGUCCCGACCUCAAGUGGCGCUUCUUCUGGCGCAUCGGUGAGCGCCCGGUCGACACCAAGUUCCCGGAGCUCAACUGCCCGGCCGUCAUCCCGGCCGCCUUCCCCGAGUGGGAGACCGUCAUGAACCGCUGGGGUGACCUGAUGCACGGCGCGGUCAACACCGUCGGCGCCAUGGUCGGCCAGGGUCUUGGUCUGGGGCGCGAGGUCUUCCCCAAGAUGUCCGACAAGGGCCAGCACCUGCUUGCUCCCACCGGCUCGGACCUCGGUCGCUACGAUGAGAAGGGCUCCAUCUUCGCCGGGUUCCACUACGACCUGAACUUCCUGACCAUCCACGGCAAGUCCCGCUUCCCCGGGCUCUACAUCUGGCUGCGCACUGGCGAGAAGAUGCGCGUCUCCGUGCCGGACGGCUGCCUCCUGGUUCAGGCCGGCAAGCAGCUCGAGUGGCUCACCGGCGGUGCCAUCCGCGCCGGCUACCAUGAGGUGGUCUUCGAUGAGACCACUCGCCGUGCGCUGGACGCCGCUCGCGCCGCCAACCGCCCCCUCUGGCGCGUGUCUUCCACCAUGUUCCACCACAUCAACAGCGACGCCACCCUCGAGCCCCUCGGCCCCUUCGCCACCGAGGAGGCUUGCAAGGCCUACCCCCCGACCCUGUGCGGUGACUACGUCACCUCCGAGCUGGAGGUCAUCCAGCUCCGCAAGCCGGACGAGGAGGAGGUGAAGGCCUAA